AUGGAAGUAUCCUCAGGCGCUAAGGACAACCCUGCGCCUACUGCAAACAGCAGUCCUACUGCCAAUCAGCCGCCUCCCGAAUCCGCGAACUCGUCAUCGAUCAAUCCCGAACCCGCCCCGGCCACUCCUGGUCCCAUGCCGACUGGCACCAAGCGCCCGUUCAUGGCUCAUGCAGAGAAGCGCUAUGAGUCGGCGAAUCCCUCUGUUCGCGAGGCCGUCGAGCGCGAGGCGGCCGAGCGUGAACGUGAGCGCCAGCAGCGCCACAAGUCUGAUGCGGCCACGAGUUCGCAGCCCAAGGCCAAGGCUGAUGCUCGCACGCAUCUCAAUUCAGCCUUUCACCCUGCGCUGAAGCAACAGGAAAAAGACCACGCCUCGAAACCCGGUAGGGAGAAACGUCGCGGCAAGGGUGGUUCUAAGAAGAAGGCCGACAAUACGCCCAAGGCUAUCGAAAUUGACGUGGUGCUCCUACCCCGUACUGCCCGCGCUCACCGCAACUCGUACAAGGAUGGCCGCUAUCUCGGUUACAAGAAGCCGAGCCUCUCAGAAUUGAAUGGCUUGAGGAUGGAGGGCUUGGUCCGCAAGAUCUUGCUUCCUCACAACGCAAGUACGCAUGAGAUUGAUAACCUCGUCAUCGGCGCCUUCAAACACCACCCUGCAUUUAUCUCCGCCCUCGUGAACGCGACAUCUAUGAAUCCUUACCGCCGGGCCUGGGUUCCCAUGAUCGUGACAAGUACUGGCGGCCAGGGUGUAACACGGACCUUGUCAACUCACCCCAAAUUCACUCAGUACGACAAGGACGACCUCAUAACCCACGAGGGCUUCUUGCAGUGUACAGCUGAUGCGCGCCCACGAACCAUCUCGCGCGAGCUGGCUGGGACUUGGGCGAAGACCAUGGUCUUCAUUGCCUUGCGCUUAGGCUCGCAAAAUCUUCCAACGAGGUCGCCCCACCCUGCGGAACCGGACACGGAUCUCGAGGAUGAUGAGGACGACGAGGGCUCCGACAACGAUUCGUCUACACACAUGCCAGACUUGAGCAUGCCGGAGCCUACUUCGUCGUUUGACACCACCCCCGCUGCCCAUUUCGGUGGAUCGAGCCCGUUUUCUCACGACUUCUCCUUCCCAUCGGACCCUUUGUUCGCUUCUGCGACGAGUGGCGCGUUUGAUUUUGGCGGCGAGACUUGGACGUCCAGCUCAGGACUCGGUUCGAAUGGGGUACCUUCCGGUGGACACGGUACAACCUUCAAUCCUUCAACCGAUUUUGGCUCCACAAGCGAUAACGGAGCAUCUUCUUCUACUCCGUGGGCGAACCUGUCCACGCCUAACAUACCGUCGGAGAAUGCAGACUCGGCGCAUCGUCCCUUAUUCUCUCCGGCUCCGAGCGACGUACCGGGUGCUGCUGGUGCCGCAAAGACUGAAUCGCCCACGGGUGAUGACUUCUUCGAGGACAAGCGCCGCCGGUUUCCGCCUGCUGCCGAUCGCCUCGCAUCUGUAGCGCGAGCAAUCGCAACUAUCCAGGCCCCUGGCCAGUCGGCGUCAUGGUGGCCCAAUCAGGCGCUCGGUUUCUACAAAUCCGUCAGCCAAGAAGAAUCGUUCUGUCAGAUCUCCCUGGGCAUUGAGGAUGGCAGUUCGCCUCUCACCAACAUGUACAUCAACUCGUCUUCUGCCUCUGCCCUCUGGGACUCGUCGGCCGAGCGCAUACUCACUCGGCUCAUGCCAUUGCUGGCAUUGCCAAAUGAGGUCGCCAACAUCAGAGUUUCCGUUGACGAUGUUGUCGAUGUUCCGCCUUCGAUGGCAUUUGGUCCUUUCGGCCUGGAUCUUGUCGUGUCCUUACUCGCGAUGCUCACCGCUGCUGCGCUUUCCCAUGUCCUGAGGUCGGAAGCACUUACCUGCAUGCAACGACUCGAGUGCUAUAUCGACGCACUCCACGAUGUUGUGACUGGCUUCAAGACGUGUGUCCCGCGUCAUGUCUUCGACCUCCCGGCAUUUCGCCCGCUCGAGAAAUUCUUUCGCGAUAUUCACAAAAAUCCACAGGCCCAAUACACGGACUCGGUUCCGGCAGACUGGAACAAGCUCAGGGUGAAGGACAACUUCGCUCAUCUCGUUUUCACUGGAAACGCCGACAUCCUCCUUCGCGAUCUUGCCGACGACUAUGGCUACAUUCGUGGUGGCGAUACACCAGCUGAUUCGUCUGUAUCUCCUCACUGCCUUUUGGUCGGGGACCAUGGUCCCGAGCGCCUUCUUAAUGAGCUUAUAUUUCCCUUUCUCGACGAGUACGAUGAAGCAAUGCCUGGUCACAAGCUCAUUCUGAGUAUACUCGAGGAUCUUGCUGGGGCCUUGUACCGUGGUUUCUCUACCUUCAAAAAGUCUACCGGGAAGCAGGCAUCCAGCCCGAGUGCUACUGGUAGCAAGUCGACUCGCCCCAAUGCUCCCUCGGCUCCUACGUCCACGGAUCAUGUGCCCCCGCCGCCCACGUCUCGGGGCAAACGCAAGAAACCUGAAUCAGACAGCGAUUCCGAUCUGACAGAUCUUGAUGAAUCUCCUGGUGGCUCAGACGACUCUGACGACUCCGACGACUCCGACGAUGAGCCCGCCCGUCCAAAGCAGGGUACCGGCGGAUCGAGCCGCCGCCCACCACCAAAGAAGAAGUCUGCGCCAUCUACAGAGGAUGUCAAUCCCCCAAGGCCAGGUGCUCGCACUCGUUCGCAAGGCAAGACUAAAUCGGCGAAUGGUGGUAACGACAAGGAGACCGGAAGUUUGCCCAAGGACCCAUCCUCAAAUGGUGCGCGUUCACAUCCUGGUACCAAACCCGCUGGCAAGACCAAGCAACACUGGCACACGGGCACUGGUGGUGCAGACGAUCCCCUCGACCUUGGUCCCGAUUCUGACUCUUCCAACGAUGAGCGCAUCAAGGCAGCAGCUCGGGAGUAUGCGAAGAGGAAGUCGCAAGGGGACGAUCCCUUCUCCCGCCCUCCCAAGCGCUCGCGUACGGAGCCUUCCCACGGCAACGCUCAUGCCCCCGAUGGAAAGCACGACUUCACUUAUGCACCAAACUCUCCUCAGCCUCCCAAGUCGGAAGCGCCCUCAUCAUCUCGCCCAACCAAGCCUUCCACGUCAAACACCCAGCCUCGCGAUGGCACCACCACCCCUGCAGUACCGCGCACAUCCGGUGUUGGCGGCUCUUCGACGGCUGGUGCGACUGCAGCACCUCGGCUCUCUCUCGAGGAGCGGCUCGGCCUCCAGUGGGCCCAGAAGUUGGAACAUCGCAUCGAGUCUUUAACAUUCACCGAGCUUGUCGAGCGCAUUAACUCCGCCUUUGGCGACGGUGGCCCGUAUUCAGCGCAGCUCGGUUCAACAUCUCCUUUGCCCGAAGGUUUCAUGGACCUGACGUUCAAGAGGCAAGCGCGCGUCCUCCUAUUGAUCUUUCAUCCUGAUAAGUGCAGGACAUGGGCACAGUCGGAUACCUGGAGAACGAUUGCUGAGAUAGUUACCCGCUGCGUAGCAGCUAAGAAGGAUACAUGGCCUGAUGGCUGGGGUCUGCACCACGACGAGUAG